UCCUAUACAAACACCAUUAUACCAUUCUUGCAUCUGUUUCUCUCACCAAUACAGAGAUCAGGAAUUCUCUCAGAUUUUCUUUCUUGAAGAUGCUAGCAGAAACCGCAAAUGAUGCAGUUGAGGUUAAUCGUGGACUACUUAAGGAGCUUGAAGAUAUGGGAUUCUCGAUGGCCAAAGCAGCCUGGGCUUUACAUCACUCUGGUAACUCUAGCCUUGAAACAGCCGUGAAUUGGAUCAUAGACCAUGAGAACGACUCUCAGUUUGAUAAAAUGCCUUUGGUGGAAUUUAACAUUGAGAUAGAGUCUCCAAAACCAUCUGAUGAUACUGCAGAAACUGCUCAGGCAAGAGCAAAGGAACUAAAGGAACGAGCUCGUAAGUUAAGAGAAGAAGAAGAAACUAAACGCGAAAGAGAAAAAGAAAAGGAAAGGAUACGAGCAGGUAAAGAGAUGAUGGAGACAAAGCGAAUUGCAGAAGAAAACGAAAGAAAACGGAACCUAUCUUUGAGGAAAGCUGAGAAAGAUGAGGAGAAGAAAGCAAGUGAGAGAAUUAUGCAGAAAGUAAAUGCAGACAAGCUGGAGAGAAAGCAGAGGCUCGGAUUGCCAACGGAAACUGAAUCUACUUCGACAUCAACUCAAGUUGCUCCACUUGACACUAAGAGGAUAUUAAUGUCGUCGCCAAACCCACCAGCCUCGAAAGCAGAGGAGAUGAGAGAAUGCUUAAGAUCAUUAAGACGUAACCACAACGAAGAAGAUCCAAGAAUGACGAAGAGGGCAUUUGAAACGCUUCUGAUGAUUGUGAGGAACGCAGCGAAGUAUCCAGGUGAAGAAAAAUACAGGAGAAUCCGUCUCACGAACCGCUUGUUUCAGGAGAGAGUUGGGAGAUUCAAAGAAGGUAUCGAGUUCAUGGAGCUUUGUGGAUUCAAGGGAGAGCAAGGAUCAGAGUUUUUGUCUCUGUCGAACCACGACGCAGAUAUCUUGCGGCUUCGAAACGCUGCGUUUCAGUUGCAAUCUGCGAUUACCAAUCCUUUCUUUGGUCUCCUCUCCAAGGAAGCUGAAAACUUGUGAACAAUGAACUUUGUCUUCCUGAAAUGUUGUCUACACAUUAACACAUAAAUUACUCAUCUUUUAUCUCCUAAAAUGUUUUCUUAACACAAAUUAGUUUGAUCUUUCGCUACUAGGCAACACAUAAAAUGUCUUCUUUGGUCUCCUCUCCAACGUUGUAUGGCAAAAGUGGUGCUUUCAACGAAAGAA